AUGUUGCUCUCUACGAGUAGAAGUAAGUAUAUUCUCUUCGUUCCUAGUAGACUCGUUGCUUUUUGCCUUUUUCUUUCUAAAAUUGUUUUCUCUCUUUUGAUCUGCAGUGGCCAAAUCAAAAUCAAAGUGAGUGAUCUUUCGUUAUGGAAUUUUAAUUGGUAAUGAUCUGAGUCGCGAUCGGCUGCAAAAAAGGUCUUUUUAGAAAAGAAAAAAACAUGCGUGGACAGUCUUCAGUUCUGUGUUUGAGAUCCUGGCGAAUGAAUACGCAAUCUUGUUGAAAUUAAAGUUAGGCGUGUUAUGAUGUGGUUCAUACUUACAACAGAGAGAUCGAUAACGCUGUCAUUGUGACAGCGGCAUAGAUCCACCGAGAUCGUAAGAAUUAACCUCGUUAUUACCAUUAAAAAAAAACCUCGUUAUUACUUAAUUGUUUUGUAGGCGCAUUAUUGUGCAACUUGUUAGUAUGGCUGGUACUGGAUAUUAUUACAUGAUGUCCAGGAACAGACUCAAACCCAAACUGGAGUUCAUGAAAUACGAUCCAAUC